AUGGCCGCCCAGGACAGCGACGACGGGGACCUCCCCCCGUGGACGGCGGACGCGUUCGACGUGGAGCGGGAGCUCCGCGUCAACGACCGCCUGCGGCGGGAGGACCUGGACGAGAUCCAGGAGUGGGCCCGCCGGCAACGCAACCUGCCCGCCAUGCGGGAGGGCGACUUUGCCAAGUUCCUGCACAGCUGCGACUACGACGUGCUGGCGGCCGAGACCUGCAUCAACUACUACUACAAGACGCGGGUGUCCACGGCCGUCUUCCACAACCGGGACCUCUCGCUGGCGAGCGUGAAGGCGCAGACCGACCUGCUGGACUUCAUCGUGUCGCCGCGGCUCACCCCGGACGGCUGCCGGGUCGUCAUCAACGCCCUCAAGGACCCGGACCCCGGCACCUUCGAGUUCGACGACUACCAGAAGGUGUUCCUCAUGAUGCUGGACGCGCUGCUCCUGGCCGAGCCCACGCUCCCCGGCGUCUACAUCGUCUACGACAUGCACCUCGGCUCCAUCGCCCACUUCUGGAAGUUCGGCUUCCUCUCGCAGCGCAGGCUGUUCGCCUACUUCCAGUCCGGGCUCCCCAUCGUGCUGAAGGGCAUCAUCCUGCUGCACACCCCCUCCUACAUCACCACCGUGAUGAAGGUGCUGCGGAACUUUGGCGACAAGAAACGCCUCGACGAGACCAAGAUGCUGACGGGGGAUGACUACUCCGAUCUGCACACAAUCAUCCCAAAGGAAUGCCUUCCUCGUGAGUACGGCGGCACACUCUCCACCAGGGCUGAGCUUCACGAAAUGACACUCCGAAGACUCGACCGACUUCGCGAUGUGUUCGCCGAAGAGGAGGAGUCGCUGAAAAAGAAAUGACAUCCACGCGACGACCUAGCGCGGACCGUGCAACAAUGGACUAUAAUCAAGGAGUUCUGGGACAUCGCUUAUCGAAACGAACACCCCGCCAGCUCUUGAAAUGACACAGUGCGCCCACCACUUUUCCGGGCGAUUUACUGGAAUGCUGUCAAAGGUUGACGGCCUUUUUUAAAAAAUGAUAUUUUCUUAGUGCGAGGUAAAUUAUUGCAAUAAAUUUUAAAUUUCUGUACAAAUAAGUUAAAAGGUGA